AUGGCAUUCAUCUCCCGAUACUGCGCGGCUGCUGACAUGCAACGCAUGUUACCAGUCGAAAAGCUCAGCGCCGCCUCUGCCUGCCGCUGCCCGCAUACCAUCGCGCCCGCGAGGGGAACGGGCCAAACCGUCGUCGUCUAUCCGCAAGAACCAGCACGCCGACGACCACGGCCAUGGCCCCGCUCUUCUCUAACCUCGAUCCCUUUAAGGGAACCAAGAAAGUAA